AUCUCGGUGAAAACCCACGCAGGUCACGGGGAGAACGUACAAACUCCGUACAAAGACCACCAGUACUCGGGAUGGAACUCGGGUCUCUGGCGCUGUAAAUGCUGUAAGGCAGCAACUCUACUGCUGCGCCACCAUGCCACCCACUAUUGUUUUUUUAAAUGCCAGAUUACAAAGAUUACAAAAUGCCUAAUGGAAAGAUGAGGCAACAUUCCUCACUCGUACAUUGAGAUGCAUUUGUACACUGGGAGUGAAUUAAAAUAACAAGAUCAGGUGGUGGUUCUGGACGUGAGCAGAUGCAUAGUAAAACAGAUGAGACAGCGCAGUGAGAGAUAUACCAAUGGUUUCAGCUGCAUGCAGCAGUGUUUAGAGAUCUGAGUGACCAGUGAUCAGUACUCUGGGAUCAGGGAGAGACUGCAGGAGGAAAGCUGCUGAUGGUGAUUUAAGAAACAGUUGGACAGGUACAUGGAUAGGACAUGUUUGGAGCGAUAUGGACCAACGUGGGCAGGUUGGACUAGCUGGAACAUGUUGGCUGGUGUGGGCAAGUUGGUCCCAAGGGCCAGUUCCCACAUGUGUCACUCUAUAACUCUAUGGUAAGCACAGGAAAGUCACCGUUUCACAGAGAAGGACACAGUGCUGGAAUAACUCAGUCGGUCAAGCAGAUCACUGGAUAGGUGACAAUUCGGGUCGAGACCCUUCAGACUGAUUGCAGGAGGAGCGCAAAAGAGAGCUGGAAGAGAGGAGGGGCAGGACAGAACAUGGCCAUUGUUUCUCAGACUAUUUCCUGCUGUCCUGCAAUCAGUCAGAAGAAGGGUCCCGACCCAAAACAUCACCUAACCAUGUUCUCCACAGAUGCUGCCUGACCCGCUGAGUUACUCCAACACUUUGUGUCUUUCUAAGGUGACCAGGCAUCUGCAGUUCCUUGCUAUUACACCAUUACACAGAGCAUCAGUUCCUUUGGGAGGCUGAGCAAAGAGAAGAUUAUCGGAAUAACACAGAGUUGGUGAUGAACUGAGGAGCCAGUGGUUUAACCUGCGAGGUUUGUGGAGUAGCAACCACCAAGAUGUAUUGGGAUGUCAGCCAUGAAGACACAGCUGAGGACAGCAUGCCACAGGAAACUGGGACUGCCGAUGAGGCUAUGGGAAGCAAGCAGUCGGGGCUGGAGAGCCCAGCCUUCGAGCAGUGCUCAACCCUACAGAGUGUACAGGCAGCUUACAGUGCAGGCGAGGUGGAGCAGGCUCAACAUCUCGCCCGCUUGUUGUGUGAGGAAGCUGGCAGCAGUGAAGAGAAGUCUCAGCUCCUCACCUUUGCUGCCUCCCAUGGAGAUGCCGAGACAGUUCGGUUCCUGGUCCAGGACGUGCAGGUGGGAUUGUCCAAGGAGCCCAGUCACGAAAACCCCAUCAUCAUUGCCACACAUCAGGGUCACGAGGAGGUCGUCAAAGUCUUCUUGGAUUCGAUGCCAGGUGCAUGCAUGGACCUGCUGAGCUGCAUGUUGGCAGCAGCCUGCCGGCAAGGUCACAUGUCACUGGUGCAGCUACUGGUGGUGGAGUACAAGGUGGAGGUGGACAGCUGUGGGAUGAGGACCCAGAACCACCCUGUCAUCAUGGGGCAGCCUCUGUACGCAGCGAUGCAGGCAGGGAAUGAAGAGAUUGCUGCCUUCCUCCUGGAGAAUGGAGCGCACUUCACCUCAUAUGUACUGAUGGACCAUCCACAGCUCAGCAAGCAACUGCUCAGGACCCGGUUUACAGAACCCAGCCCGUGUGAAGAGACGUACACUCACACAGUGGCACAGCCCCUCACUAUGGGCCAGUCACUGAAGUGGUCUCGCCUGAAGCUGCCUUGGUUGGAUCUGGAUUGGUUCAUAGACGUGUCUACUCAAGUAACAGAGCUCGAUCUGUCUAGGAACAACCUCACUCUCCUCCCUUCCAUCAUUCCUUGGGGGUUAGUGCAUCUCAGAAAGCUCAAUGUGUCUGCAAACCAGCUGAAGGAAUUGCCGAAUACCAUCUCAUCAGAAGAGAUCCUCUGUACAGGAAUUCUGGAGAUGGACGUAUCACGGAACCAGCUGACCUCUCUACCCACAGGCAUCUUGCAUCUCCCAAAGCUGCAGAAACUCAAAGCCUCCAACAACCUACUUGACCGGUUAUUUGAUGAAGAGAAAGCGACGAACUGGAUUGGAUUACGAAAGCUGAGCGAGAUUGAUGUGUCUGACAACAGAUUGGAGAUCUUGCCAACGUCCUUGCUCCAUUGCUUCAAGACCCUCAGCUGCCUCAUUGCUGCUGGGAAUGUACUCAGAUGUUUUCCUGAACCUUGGGCCUGUGGUUUGAAAUUCUGCAAUGUUUCCAGAAAUUCAUUGGAAUCUCUACCAAACAGCCUUUGUGUCUUCUGGAAGAACUAUCUGAAGGAAGCAGAUUUUUCCAACAAUUUACUGAAGGAGUUACCAUCAAACUUCUUUGAGCUUCAGGCACUGAAUUCCCUAAAGCUCUCGGGCAAUCAGUUGCAAUCACUUCCCUCUGUGGACAGUUGGCAAUGCUCCAGCCUCAGGUCACUCGAUCUCUCUCGAAACCAGUUUGGAAAGGGAGAGGAACCGGCCAAGACCAGAAUAGUCACGUUCUUUACACCACGACUGAAGAGAGGGUUGGACACAAUUUCAGUGAUUGAAUUCCCACACAUCCUGGGCGAAUGUUUGGAGAUUCUGCACCUGGACGGUAAUUUCCUGGACUCAGUCCCACCAUCGGUGUGUUCGCUGCGUACACUCUCCGAGCUCUACCUUUCAAAUAACCCUGGCAUCCGGGAGCUUCCCGCCGAGCUGGGCCAGUUGUCUAAUCUCUGGCAGCUGGACAUCGACCAGUUAAACAUCUCAAAUGUACCGAUAGAGAUCAGGAAUCAAGGACCCACGGCAGUGCUGGCCUUCCUCAGAGCACACCUGCGGAAAGCUGAGCCCUGCCGGCUGUUGAAGAUGAUUGUCGUUGGACCACCUCGCCAGGGGAAGACCACGCUCCUGGAGACCCUUCAGACGGGGAAACCCCCACAGCCCAUGUACAAAGAGAGUAGCAUUCACACCACUAUCUGGGAACUGCAGCGACCUGCUGCAGUGAAGACCAAGGUGGAUUCUGUUGUGUUUAAUGUUUGGGACAUUGGAGGUGCUGCUAAAAUGGCCACGGUGAACCAAUGUUUCUUCACGGAGAAGGCCCUGUAUGUGGUGGUGUGGAACCUGGCUCUUGGUGAGGAAGCAGUGGCCAACUUACAAUCAUGGCUCCUCAACAUUGAGGCCAAGGCUCCAAAUGCCACUGUGAUUGUGGUGGGAACUCACCUGGAUUUGAUCGACACCAAGUUCCGUACAGAGAGGUUGGCAACACUGCGCGCUUACAUCCUAGCGUUGUGUCGUUCCCCGUCUGGGCCCCGAGCGAGCGGAUACCCUGACAUCAGCUGCCGGAACCUACAUGAAUUAUCGUGUAGAACCCUGGAUGGGUUGGACGGGCUUCGUAAACUGAUCUUUCAAGUUGCGUGUGGCAUGAGAGACGCAGGGAGUGUAUCGACUUCACAGAAGCUGGUGGGAAGACUGAUACCCAGGAGUUACCUCAAGCUACGGACCGCAGUUGUAGAGGAGCAGCAGAGACGGAGUGACCACGAUGAGGUCCAGUACAUAACUGACCAGCAGCUGCAAGAGAUGGUGCAGCAAACUCCGGACAAUGACAUCAACGACUUUGAGGACCUGCAGGCUGCUCUUGCCUUCCUGAUUGAAACAGGCGCAGUCCUGCACUUCCCAGACACAAGCCAUGGGCUGCGCAAUCUCUACUUCCUGCAUCCCAUCUGGCUCUCCGAAUGUUUGGAGAAGAUUAUCAAUAUCAAGACGUCAAGAUCCCUCGCCAUGAACGGAGUGAUCCGGGUGACGGAGCUGCGAAAACUGCUGUUGGGGACGGGCUUCACGCAGCAGACCGAGGAACAGUAUUUGCAGUUCCUGGCCAAGUUUGAGAUCGCCCUUCCCAUCGCCAAUGACAGCUACCUCCUCCCUCACCUACUGCCAUCCAAGCCGGGCAUCGACAGCAGCAAGCUGCAUCAGCCGGGCAACUGCACCAUUCAGAGGAUUUUCAAGAUGAAUUUUGUGCCCAUUGGUUUCUGGCAACGGUUUAUCGCCCGGAUUUUGAUCAGCCUUUCGGACAUGGAUGCACAGCUUGUUGAAAAUGAGAAGAAUGUGAAGCGGAGUAGAGGGAGCCUGGCUUCAGUUUACAGCUUCACCGGGACCCGCCGCCGAAACCGCUGCAGCACCUUCCGCGUGAAACGGAACCAAACCAUCUACUGGCAAGAAGGUUUGCAGCUGACCUACAUGGGGGGUUGCCUCAGUGUCGAAUCCUCAGAGAUGAACUGGAAAAGGAAGAAAAGUGCUGGAAUAAAAAUCGUUUGCCAGUCGGAAACGCGAGACUUCUCAGCCGUGGCCUUCAUCACUGAUCACGUCAACUCUCUGAUUGACCAGUGGUUUCCAGCUCUGACAGCUACAGAAUCAGAUGGGAGCCCGCUGGUUGAGCAGUACGUUCCCUGCCCUCACUGCUCACUCCCGGACACACAGCGAGGGCAGGCACAGCUCCAGGGACAAGACCCACACUACUUCAGCAUGGAGGACUGUCUCCUCACUGCCAUUGAGCACACAGACAUCUCUUGUCCAAACCACCCCGCCACCCCCGUGCCUCUCGAUGAGUUGGUCCCAGAGAUCUUCAUGACCGACUUCCCAUCACGGUUAUUUCUGGAUGUGAACUGUUUGGAACAAAAAGAAACCUCAGACCAUAUCCUGGGUCAGGGAGGGAGUGGAGCGGUUGUGUACAAAGCCAAGUACAAGAAGAUACCGGUAGCAAUCAAGAAGUUUCAUUUCAAAAAUUACCAAGCACUAUCUGGUAAUUCUCGCACAGAUUCGAUGUUGCGGCACCUGGAGGCGCUGGAGGUGAUGCGGAGUUUCUCAGAGUUCCGCCAGGAGAGCAGCAUCCUACACACGCUGCAGCACCCGUGCAUCGUGUCCCUGGUCGGCCUCUGCAUACACCCACUCUGCUUUGCUCUAGAGCUCGCUCCCUUGGGCAGCCUCAACAACGUGCUCAGACAGCACUCGAAAGGGACCUCCUUCAUGCCCCUGGGCCACAUGCUGACCUACAGAAUUGCCUACCAGAUUGCUCUGGGCCUGGCCUAUCUCCACAGGAAGAAGAUCAUCUUCUGUGACCUGAAGUCUGAUAAUGUCCUGGUUUGGUCUCUGGACGUCUCCUGCCCCGUCAACGUCAAGCUCUCUGACUACGGUGUGAGCCGACAGUCCUUUCAUGAGGGGGCUCUGGGGAUAGACGGCACUCCGGGUUAUCAGGCCCCAGAAAUCCUGCCCGGGAUUGUUUACGAUGAAAAGGUGGACCUGUUCUCGUUCGGCAUGGUCCUGUACGAGCUGCUGUCUGGACAGCGACCAAUCCUUGGCCACCACCAGGUGCAGAUUGUGAAGAAACUGUCCAAAGGUAUCCGACCUCUGCUGGGAUCGCUGGAAGAGGUGCAGUUCCAUCCGAUGCAGAGCCUGAUGAUUGAGUGCUGGGACACAAAGCCGGAGAAGCGUCCGGCAGCGAGCUGUGUCGUCAGGUUGAUGCGAGAUCCCAGCUUCCCAGUCUUCAUGUACACCCUGCAGACGGGUAGACAACACCUGUUCUGUCCUUCACUCGACCACGAGCGCACCGUCAUCUUCUGGAAUGAAGAAGGAAGCAAAAGGAACUACAGUGUGGUGAAUAUUGACAAAGGGCUGAUAGAGGUUGACCACAUCAGCUGUCCAGGAGCUGGGCUGAGCUGCCAACUGAAGUUUCACACUGCACUGUGGACCGCUACUAAGGACCAGAAGAUCCAGGUGUACAGUCUGAAGGGGAUGUGUCCACUCAAGGUGCCGCUCCGCGUACUCGAUGUUCCUGCUGUCGUCACCUGCUUCCUGUCCAUAUCCCGUGGAAACCAGAAGUCUCCGCUGAUGCUGGCCGGUAUGGCUGAUGGAAUGGUUGCUGUUUAUUCCUUGGCCAGUGAACUUCCCUGGGAUUGGUCUGCCUACCUAUGCUCACGUUCUGCAAACAACCUGCGGUUUAAAAUUCCCGACAGUGACCGGCGCCAGAAUGCUUACCCCGUCACCGCCAUCUUAGCGGUCAACAAUGAAUCGGAGGUGUGGUACACCAAUGGUCCUGGGAUCCUGGUCAUUGACACACUGACCGUGGAGAUCAGUCGCCGGUUAGAACCUUACCAGCCGCCCUCCCAGGUCAUCUCCAUGGUGUCUAACCUGGGCUGUGACGGAGAAGAGACGGUCUGGUGUCUGGAUGACAAGACAAGUACCUUGAUCAUGUACCGUGCCUACCAGGUGUGUGCCCAUUAUGCCUGCAAUGACUGCAAUCCAUUGAGAGACAUGUUUCCCAUCCAACAUCCUGUUGGUGUCAUGGCAACAUUAGCCAUCCAGGACAGCAGUGAAUCCCAUCCCACAGAUACAACCUUCAUUGUCACCGAUGAGGUUGGGACACAGAUCUUACAGCGUUGUGACUCUGUGACCGAUUACUGUUCAAUAUCCUCCUGCUCUUCCUCCGCCAACAACACAAACAUCCGUUUCCCCUCCAGCCCAACAAGUAUUCCCAAUUCUCCCGACUUCGAGGGACCUGGAACGCUGAACGUUCUGGGCGGUGGGUCCCAGGACAUCACCCCAACACCAGAGAAUCGCCAACAGCUGCGGGCUGUCAAAGUGCUGGCCGUGAGGGACACAUUAUGGGUUCCCAGGGAGGGUGGGGACAUUGUGGUGAUCGAGCUGCAGACACAGAUUGGCGGUGAGUCGGGCAGAGUGGUGUCAGUGCUGAGGGCUGGAGGAAUGAAUGAGGACAGCUCCCUGGUUGAGGCAGCCCUGGUGGCACAGGACACGGUGGUUUGCUGUCUGCUGGACGCGGCUGGAGAGUGGCGGCUGUGUGUGUGGAGGGGCUGGGGCUCCCAACAGUUCCAGCUCUUCUACCAGUCCCUCGAAGAGCUGGGGACGAUGGAAGUCGGCAUGCGCAGACGGAGGUAGCAGAGACAGAGGCAGAAAAAGAUCUGUGAAUUAAUGCUUAACGACAAAACCGAGAAGCAAAGACAACAUGUGGAGGAAGUUGGAGGAAUCUGCAGCCUCUUGCCUUCUGCUGACACACAGCUGAACUGUGGCCUCACCUCAGUCACAUUCUCCUCAAUGUGGAAAGCCACAGAGAUCGUAUGCAAAGAGUUUAAAUGGACUAAUUUAUUUAUUAUGCAAUAAAUACAAUGAAGACA